ACGGUUUCUCUUCACGACUCUCAGGAGAAACGAGAAAAGGCUCACAGUGACUCUCAGAGAAAAGAGAUAGACUCCUCCUCCAUCGAUCUUCAACUCCCAAUCUCAGCCACCAUGAACGACGCCGAUGUCUCGAAGCAGAUCCAGCAGAUGGUGAGGUUCAUUCGCCAAGAAGCCGAGGAAAAGGCCAACGAGAUCUCCGUCUCCGCCGAAGAAGAAUUCAACAUUGAGAAGUUGCAGCUGGUUGAGGCUGAGAAGAAGAAGAUCAGGCAAGAGUAUGAGAAGAAAGAGAAGCAAGUCGAAGUCCGAAAGAAGAUUGAGUAUUCCAUGCAGCUCAAUGCUUCUCGUAUUAAAGUUCUUCAAGCUCAAGAUGAUGUAGUCAAUGCCAUGAAGGAUGCUGCAUCCAAGGAGCUCCUGAACGUGAGCAAAGAUCACCAUGGGUAUGCAAAGCUUCUGAAAGAUCUUAUCAUUCAGAGUUUGCUCAGGCUGAAAGAGCCUGCUGUUUUGUUGCGUUGUCGCAAAGAUGACGUGCAUCUGGUGGAGUCUGUUCUGGAAGCAGCAGCACAGGAAUAUGCGGAGAAAAGAGAUGUUCAUGCACCAGAGAUUAUAGUUGACCAUACUGUCUAUCUGCCACCUGCUCCCACCCAUUAUAAUCCCCAUGUUAAUUCCUGUUCUGGAGGUGUGGUCUUGGCUUCUCGAGAUGGGAAGAUCGUGUGUGAGAACACUCUCGAUGCACGGUUGGAUGUUGUAUUCCGUAAAAAACUUCCUGAGAUCCGCAGAAGGCUCUUCGGUCAGGUUGUUGCAUAAUGGGAAGAAUUGUAUUUGUUUGACCUCAAGUUAAAAGAGUCCCUAGACCAAAGGAUCUAUUUGUUCAGUUGUUUAAUUUGUGUAUUUCCAAUUUUCUUGCUCUCCGAAUAACCUUUAUCCGUGGUAAAAUAGUUUAGCUAUCGUUUUCUGUGGUGUGGGUCUGGGGCAUGGCAAUGUACUCAUUCUUAUCAUUACAAUGAUAUUAAUAAAAGUUUGCAGCUAUAGUUUCACCGCAA